CCUGCUCUCCUCCAACCCGCGUUGUGACUCCGCGGCCGUGGGCAGUGCGGGUCCGUCCGCGGCCCGGCCCGGCGCGCCUCGGGACAGCCCGCGGCGCUGCUCCAGCUUGGCUCCGGGGCCGGCGCGUGGGGGCGGCGGGCGGCCCGCCCCGGAGAAGGCGGGAGACUCGCGGGGGGCGCGGGCGCGGGGCGGCCGCGGGGCAGCAUGAGUCAGCAGCGGCCGGCGCGCAAGCUGCCCAGCGAGCUGGUGGACCCGGCCGAGGAGACGGUGCGCCGCCGGUGCCGAGACCCCAUCAACGUGGAGGGCCUGCUGCAGCCCUAGGAGGUGAUGGUUCCUGUCUUACAGUUGCCAGAGUAGACCUGGAGGUGUGCCGUGGCUUGCCCAGGCCAUCAAAAAUAAUGAUUAAUUUGGAAGAUAAUGUACAGUAUGUAUCCAUGAGAAAAACUCUAAAAGUGAAGACACCCCGGUUUGAUGUAUCACUGGUUUAUUUAACUCGGAAAUUUAUGGAUCUUGUCAGAAAUGCUCCUGGGGGUAUUCUUGACUUAAACAAGGUUGCAACAAAACUGGGAGUACGGAAACGAAGAGUGUAUGACAUCACCAAUGUCUUAGAUGGCAUCGACCUGGUUGAAAAAAAAUCUAAGAACCACAUUCGAUGGAUAGGAACCGAUCUCAACAACUUCGGAGCAGUGCCCCAGCAGAAGAAGCUGCGGGAGGAGCUGUCCGACCUGUCGGCCAUGGAAGAGGCUCUGGACGAGUUGAUUAAGGAUUGUGCUCAGCAGCUGUUCGAGUUGACAGAUGACAAAGACAAUGAAAGGCUCGCGUACGUGACGUACCAAGACAUCCACAGCAUCCGCGCCUUCCACGAGCAGAUUGUGAUCGCAGUGAAAGCCCCGGCGGAGACCAGACUGGACGUCCCGGCCCCCAGAGAGGACUCCAUCACGGUGCACAUACGGAGCACCAAGGGGCCCAUCGACGUCUACCUGUGUGAAGUGGAGCAGGGUCGCUCCGGCAGGAAGGGCUCUGAAGGUGCAGGGCCCUCGGCAGCUAAGAAAAGCAAACACUCAAAAAAGCCUGACAAAGAAGAAAAUCCUCCACAGCAAAGUGGAGUGAGUGACUGAUGGGAGUUGGUGCCCGUGUGUUGAGUGGCUUUGGAGCGCCGCGUGGAUGGUGACGCAUCGAGUUUGGUCCUAGCGAUCGGUCACUGUGAAGUCCCCCUCAGGCGGCAGCACCAAGGCCAGUAGUGUCUCUGAGUGGCUCGCUACUGAGGUUCCGGGACUCUUGUGGUUUCCACAGUCAAAAACAACUCUUUUUAUACUUGACUGCCUUUUGUCAGUGACCUAGAUGUCCUGCCACUGAAGUCCCUUCCUCAAAGAGUCUCACUCACCCCGAGACGGUCAGUCCUGCGUGGACUGCCUCCCUUCAAGGAUCAUGUGUCGUCAUCACAAGAGCAGUUGCCUUACACGAGGUCACGUCUGCAUUAGCUGCUGCGCAGUGGGUGGGCGUGCACACGCAUCUAACUGUGACGUCUUUGUACAUAUCUGUAUAAUGCUUAGAUUGCUUAUGUGCGUCUCAGUGAGUCUCUUCGCCAGUGUACAGCCAAAAUCAUGUAUAUAUGGAAAUUAACAGAUUCUCUAAUCUGUGGUAUCUGUAACUUAUUCGAAUCCUCUGAACGUAAAGAUCAUGGUUU